UAACGCGAUACACUCAAUUCUAUCAUAAAGCGAUAAAAAUGAUGAACCAGGUUGAGUACAUGAGGGGAUUUGGUGGAGAAGUAGAGCGGGCUGAGUUGAAUUUUGGAAGAAAGAAGAACAUUGCGGUUACACCGUACAAGGGAUAUGUUUAUAUCCACAUAGGCAGUUUAACAAGUAGCAGAAGCAUAACUCUUGGGACUGAUGAGUUUAAAGAGCUAUGCAAUCUGAAGCCAGUUCUUUUAAAAGCUGAGGCAGAAAUAAAAAAACAGCUGCAAAAACCUAGCAGGAAAAAGAAGGUUAUAGUUGUUGAAGAGGAAGAAGAAGAAGAAGAAGAAGAAGAAGAAGAAGAAGAAGAAGAAGAAGAAGAAGAAGAAGAAGAAGUAGAAGAAGAAGAAGUAAAAAAAGUUACUUUGAAAAGAAAGAGAAAGGUGAUUGCUAUCAGCGAUAGCGAUGAGGAGGCGGGAGUGUCAGAGUCGGACGUCAGAAAGGUGAUUGUUGCAGCAGAAUCUGGCCCGUUCAAGGGGCUAAAGAAGAAAAAGAAAACAGCUGGAGCUGGAUUCAUACUUUCUGAAGCAGUUGAAGAUGGCGAGUGAAGAUAACACCACCAAUCAGAACAGAAAAAGGACAAUGGGAGAAGAAGUAGAAAAAAAGACACUGAGUGAAAAACGAAAGCGGUCAGCUCCACCUUCAUUAAGAACUUUAUCUGUUGCAUGUAUUUAUAAUAAAUUAACAACAAAAUGUGAUAUUCAAAUGAGAGAUUUUUUUUGUAAAAUUCCCUCACCAAUUUUAAUUAUUUUUAUGGAUUAUGCAGACUUUCAAUUUGUUUUAAAUCCUGGAUUUGCCGAAUUAGAUGUGUUUAAUGCUGCCGAGGAAAUUUUUGAUCAAAGAUAUCAAUUAAAUAAAAUGAUAAGGGAAUGCAGCCAUUUCACAUCUGAAGAGAUAUUCAUUCAUUUAAAGAACGUCCCAGGGUCUGUUUUAAAUUCACUCGGACUUUCGUUCAAUAGGGAGAACUUUUCCGAUAUUUUAAGGAAAAUAUUAAACAUGCGAUUUUCACUGUUUUCUUUUUCUUGAAUUUAUUACGGAUAUGGAUUUUUUUUUCAAUUUACAAUUGUAUUAAUGUUUUUCUUUUAAUUUUCUAUGAAAAUAUGCUAGCGAAUGCACAUUAUCAUCCAGCAAGUGUCUCUUGUCAUCAUAUGGUGAUAGUCCACUUUUCACAACCUUCACCAAACUUUAUCUGUUGCAUGUAUUUAUAAUAAAUUAACAACAAAAUGUGAUAUUCAAAUGAGAGAUUUUUUUUGUAAAAUUCCCUCACCAAUUUUAAUUAUUUUUAUGGAUUAUGCAGACUUUCAAUUUGUUUUAAAUCCUGGAUUUGCCGAAUUAGAUGUGUUUAAUGCUGCCGAGGAAAUUUUUGAUCAAAGAUAUCAAUUAAAUAAAAUGAUAAGGGAAUGCAGCCAUUUCACAUCUGAAGAGAUAUUCAUUCAUUUAAAGAACGUCCCAGGGUCUGUUUUAAAUUCACUCGGACUUUCGUUCAAUAGGGAGAACUUUUCCGAUAUUUUAAGGAAAAUAUUAAACAUGCGAUUUUCACGUGUUUAAUUUACCAAAGAAUAUGUCUCAUAUAUUUUAAUCUAAAAUUUAAGAAAUUUAUUUGUAAUAUUUUCAUCGUGUUUGAAGGUCUUUUUCCCCAUUGCACAAUGUAUUUCACUGGUGCGUUUGAAGGUGUAAUUCCCCAUUUUCAUAAUUGUGUUUAAUUUACCAAAGAAUAUGUCUCUUAUAUUUUAAUCUAAAAUUUAUUUGUAAUAUUUUCAUCGUGUUUGAAGGUGUUAUUCCCCAUUGUCCAAUGUAUUUCACUGGUGUGUUUGAAGGUGUUAUUCCCCAUUUGAAGGUGUUAUUCCCCAUUGACAUAAUGUUUGAAGGUGUUAUUCCCCAUUGUUCUAAUGUUUGAAGGUGCUAUUCCCCAUUGUUCUAAUGUUCGAAGGUGUUAUUUCACAUUGUCCUAUGUUUGAAGGUGUUAUUCCCCAUUGUCCUAUUGCCUUAAUGUUUGAAGGUGUUAUUCCCCAUUGUCCUAUUGUCAUUAUGUUUGAAGUUUGUUUGAAGGUCCAUUUGGGUUUUAAAGUUAUGUAUUUUCAUUGGGGUUUUUAAGUUAAAGUCGCCAUUUUACCAUGCUACUCCCCAUUGCCCUAUGUAUUUCACUUCCCCAGGUUGAUAGCAAACGGAUAAAACUUAAAUAUGUUGAUAUAUUUUAUUAUAAAAUCAUAUAUUUAUUUACAUGAAAUAAAAUAUUAUAUAAUUAU